UUGAGAAAUGGUCAUGAGCAUGAGACAUGGCCAAAAUGAUAGGGAAAGUGAAGAGAAUAGAAGAGAUAUGCAGCAUAACAUUUCUGCAUAUGUAGUUUCAGCAGUAGCUUCAACUUCUUCUUCAGCUUUUCCUUUUCUUCUUUUUGGAAGAACUUUAUGUUACGAUGAUGCUAUGAGAAGCUUUUUCAAGAGGACUUGUUUCUUCUUCAUCAAUAUCCGGACAGUUUGUUCUGCCCUAAUUCAGUUUGUUCUUCCUCUCGUUUUUCAAUUCCGCAAUGUCUCGUAAAGAAGGGUGUUCGUGUUCUUCGUGGGGUUCACAGCAGCAGAGCGUCUCCUCCCCUGGUGGUUGGAAUAGGGGUUUGGGUGAAAGACCAAUGUGUUAUUGUGGGGAGGUAGUUGUGUUGAGAGUGGUGAAAACUAUUAGGAAUGUUGGAAAAGAGUUUUGGGGCUGCCCCAACUUUAAGCGGAGUGGUGGCAAUGAUGUAUUUAAAGGGUGCAAUUACUUCAAAUGGUUGAACGAAGAUAAUGGGGAUGAAAAAGAUGCUACCAUUGCUAGACAAAGGAGAAAGAUAUACCAUCUGGAAAAGUCACUUGUAAUUUCUGGAAAGUGGGUUAGGUUUUUAAGUGGGAUUAUAAUUUGUUUGGGUUUGAUCAAUGUAAUAUUGGUUUGGAAGUUUAUACAAAUCCCAUGAAGUGCUGUAAAAUUCAGUUCUGUAGUGAAUAGGAAGUUAUGUAAUUGGUCUGUAUUUUG